AUGGCUGCUUCUCAAGCUGCAAAUAUCGUCGAAAAGGUAGUUGGACACAGUGACAAUGCCACUGUCACAACCGAUGUCAGUAAUUAUGCAAAGGGUACCUAUGGACAAGAAACGGGUAAGAAGAUCAAGGCUACGACGUGGCAAGGGAAGAACAGUAUCCAAGUUGUCGAGAUGCCAAAGCCUAGAGUCAUCGAUGAAGGCGAUGUUCUUGUCAAGGUAACUGGUAGCACAAUCUGUGGAAGCGAUCUCCAUCUAUAUCAUGGUGUCAUUCCCCAGUUAGAGAAGGGCGACGUUCUCGGCCAUGAAUUCUGUGGUGUUGUGGAAAGUGUGGGACCGGCUGUAAAGAAGAUCAAGGCUGGAGACCGCGUUGUUGCAGCCUUUCCCAUUGCUUGCGGAGAAUGCAGAAACUGUAAGGAGAAACUCACGUCUGCCUGCGAACGGACAAAUGAAAACUCCAUCACGAAUGCGAUGUAUGGUAAACGAACGGCAGGCAUUUUCGGCUAUAGCCAUUUUACCGGUGGCUUCGCUGGAGGCCAAGCUGAAUACGUUCGGGUGCCUUACGGCGAUGUUAACCUGCUACAACUCCCAGAGGACGUCCCAGAUGAGAAGGGCCUUUAUCUCUCUGAUGUUGUGGCAACUUCGUAUCAUUGCGUCGUCGAUACAGGGGUGAAGAAAGGUGAUGUUGUGGCCAUUUGGGGCGCAGGCCCAAUCGGUCAAAUGGCGGUGGAAUUCAGUUUUAGCCAGGGAGCUACUCGCGUCAUUCUUAUUGACGGAGGAGAGGGGGCAUGGAGGUUGCAAUUUGUCAGAAACAAGAUUCCAAAGCUUGAGACAAUUGAUUUCAGCGAUCUACCAAGGGGAGAAUCGAUAACCUCCCAGUUGAAAAAGAUGGUGCCCGGAGGGCCAGAUGUAGCGCUAGAAUGUGCUGCGGGAGAAUACGCCAAAGGAUGGGCACAUUACUUUGAGAUGCUCCUGGGAAUGGAGACAGAUACCUCGGAGAUUUUAAAUGAGAUGAUCACUGCUGUCCGACCGUUUGGACGUAUUGGAAUAACAGGCGUUUAUGCUGGCUACACAAAUCACUUCAACAUUGGCGCUCUUAUGCAGACUGGGAUUCGGCUCAUUGGCAACGGCCAGGCACCCGUACAGAAAUAUUGGGAGCACCUUUUGGAGCUCAUACGGCAGAAAGAUAUCAAUCCAUUGGACAUGGUAACCCACCGUGUCGAAUUGGAGGAUAUGCCGGAAUUGUACGCGGCGUUUGAGAGACGAGACAAGGGCAUGCAGAAGGUCUUUGUCCAGACCAAGUUCUCGUCCCCACCAUCGGAAGGAUCACCACAACUGACCAAGUUUUGAACCGAUAUCUCUGCGCUUGUACGGGAUUUCAAUCAGGGAAGGUUGACAUCAUGCAAUCUGCGAAUGUAACCCAAAUGUCAACAUAAAAGAAAGCCAUAACGAUCAGGUACAGAGUAAAAUUCGGGGAUUAAAAGAAAGGUAGUCAAUCGGC